AUGACUGAAGACCAAGUUGGGGCCGGCAAAGGCAGCCUGGAAAUCAACCGAGUCCCAACGUCCACUGGUUCGGCGUCCACCGCCAGAAGGCCGGACACUACGGAUGCCGCCGAGGCUACACCCGGCCCUGAAGGUGCACAAGGUCCAAUCGCCGCGCCGAAGACCAGCAACAUCGCAGCAGUCAAUGCCACACCUGGCCAUCACCUCCUAAACGAAGGUGACGAUGAUAACGACCCCGCCGUCAUCCCCAACCGCGUGCCCCGGUCCCUGGCGCUGAGGCUGUACGUGUCACACUUCCUGUCGACGUGGAACUCACGCCUGUUCGAGUUCGGCGCCGCCCUCUUCUUGACCUUUAUCUAUCCGGGCACCCUCCUCCCGGUCUCGAUCUACUCCCUCGUCCGGAACGCGGGAUACAUCAUCUUUGCGCAGCCGGUGGGGAACUGGAUCAACAAGGGGAACCGUCUCAACCUCAUCCGGGCCAGCAUCAUUGGCCAACGGGUCCCUGUUGCGGCGAGUUGCGCCUUGCUCUUGGUGCUGUUGUUGAAGAAGGAUGAGCUUGGGUCCAGGAAGAAUGCUGGCGUGUUUGCCGUGAUUGUGUUCCUGAGUGUGGUGGAGAAGCUCUCCGCGACCAUGAACCUGAUCUCAGUUGAGAGGGACUGGGUCGUUGUUAUCACCGAGAACAAUGAGAUGGCCCGUCGCACAAUGAACGCUCGCAUGCGACGGAUUGACCUCUUCUGCAAGCUUGUGGGACCAUUGACCGUGUCCCUGGUGGCCAUCGCCUCCACGGAGAUCGCCAUCUGGACGACCCUUGGCAUGAACGCGGCCUCAGUCAUUGUCGAGUACGUCGCCAUCGAGCAGGUGUACAGGCGCGUCUCCGGCUUGCAGCGAACUUCCGAGGCGGCUCCAUCUUCGGACCGCAGGGACUCGGUGGCUUCGAACCGAGGCGCAGAGGCCCACGGCAGAAGCCGUCUCCGGUCUGUCGGGCCCAAGGUGCUCAACACCAUCAGCGGCGUCCUGCCCAUCGAGGCGCUCCCGUUUUAUUUCAGCCACCCGGCGUUCCUCGCCUCGUUCGCGCUGUCCCUGCUUUACUUCACAGUCCUCUCCUUCUCGGGUCAGAUGAUCACCUACUUGGCUUCAGUCGGGUACACGCCUUUGCACAUGGGUAUCGCCAGGGUUGGCAGCGUCUUCGAGAUCAGCGCGACGUGGGCCGCACCCUACUUGAUGAAGAAGAUCGGCGUCGUGCGGGCUGGCAUAUGGAGCCUCGCCUGGCAGAUUGACGUGCCUUGCUGGAGUGCUGGCAUGGGCACGAAUAGCAUCUUCUCGGCCACGGGGCUUGCGGUUGGUGUUGCGCUGAGUCGGAUUGGGCUCUGGGGCUUUGAUCUCUGUGCGCAGAACAUCAUACAGGAUGAGGUUGAGGACGACCAUCGGGGUACUUUUUCUGCGGUGGAGGCGUCAUUCCAGAAUCUCUUCGAGAUACUGUCUUACGUCACAACAAUCAUCUUCUCAAGGCCUGAUCAAUUUCAAUGGCCGGUUGUCAUCAGUGUCGGAGCGGUGUAUACGGCAGGCGGGCUUUAUGCCUACUUCCUGAGGAAGCGCCGUGGGCAUCUCUUACAUGCACCACGCUGCGUUUGUAUCAAGGCAUAA